UCAGAAUAUCGGGUACAGCUGAAGGCUUCAUGGAGACUUAAGUUAAAGGCCUUGAAACAACCAGAUUUGGAAGUAGAAAACACCAAAGAUGGUAACAUUUCAAAAACAUGGAAAGAUACUCUCAGCAAGAUUCAAUCCACUGAUGAGCCUAAAGCAUGGAAAUGACUGAACCAAUGUGCGUUCUAGACAUCUACAUGGAAGACUCCAAGAAAGACAUAACUAAGUCGGAUAAAGAGAGCAUCCUGCCACUUUGUUCCACCUCACAAGAUGCAAGUUCUUCCAGCCAUAUUAUUUCAGAGCCAGAUAAAGAAAGCAAAGCAGUCCAAGCAAGUGACAGCAAAAUAUGUUCAUUUCCACCACUGUUGGCAUCUGAGAAAGAAUCGCCUAUUAAAUUUAAAGGAGAGUUUCCAUUUUCAUCAUUCCUACCUGAAAGAAAGACUCCACUCUCAUCUAUAGAAGAGAAUGAACAGUCAUGCCACAGAGCGACUCCAUCCCCAACUCAUAGAGAAAUUCCACUCUCUUCCCAUAAUGAAACUUCACUCUGCUUCCCAACAAUGGCUCCAUCUCCAGUGCAAAGAACUACUCCAGUCCCUUUCCAAAGUGAAACUCCAUCCACCUUCCCUAGAGAGACUCCAAACAUAGUUCGAGCACUGACUCCACUCCCCUUUCAAAGCAUGAAUCCACUCAGUUUCAGACCAUCGACUCCAUUACCAGCCCACAGUGGGAGUCUACACCCCUCCCCCAGAGACACUCCUGCCUCGAUGGAAGGAGCAACUCCAAUGUUUUCCCAAAGUGAGUCUUCAGGCCCCUUACCAAGAGGGUCUCCAACUCCAACUCCAACUUCAACUUCAACCACACCUUCCUUACAAAACAACAAUCCACCCUGUUUCCGAACACCUACUCCAUUUAAUUUCAAAAGUGAAACUCCAGUUAAUGUCCCAAGUGAGCCUCCUACCUCAUUGGAAGAAGCAACCCCACUCUCUUUCCAAAAUGAGACACCAUCCUCCAGAACAGCAACUCCAGCCCGCGGUCCAUCAUCAACAUCAUUCCUUUCCCAAAGGGAGACUACAGUCCCCUUCCCAAGAAGGUCUCCAACACCACUCUCUCUCCGAAGUGACACUCCAAUCUGUUUAACCACAGCUACUCCGUUUUUCUUGCAAUGUCAGACUACUGACUUUUUGCAAAGAGAGGCCUUAACCACACUUCAUAGAGCAACUUCACUGGCUUUUCCAAAUGAAACUAUAUCCUCUAUCCAGAUGGACGCACAAGCCCAAGUGCAAGGAACAACUCCGUUCCCAUUUCAAUUUGGGACUCCACUCUCUUUUGAAAGCAGAACUCUGUUCUCUUUGGAUCCAGACUCUGUGUUUUUUUCCGGGGGAGAGUCAGGAGUGUCAUCUGAUAUAGAGUCAUCUUACCCCUCAAUAAGUGGCACACCAUUUCAUCUGGAAAGAGAAACUCAGACAUCUCCCAUUGGUCUGAGAUCUGUCUGCACAGACAUUAUUCAGAGUGCUUGGUAUGGUAUCGCGGACAGGCCACACAUGUUGCAAGCUGGGUUUAGAGGUCUGCAAAGCACAGUGCAGUUUGAUACAGCAGAAAAUCGAGAAGUUAUCAAGGUUUUUGUAACAAAUGUAAAAGAUACUAUUCUUUCAUCUCUCAACACAGUGAACACCACUGUGCAAACAACAAGGACAAACAUGACAGAUAGUCUCUGCAAUUUAGUUGUUGGUGUAGCGUCUCAGGUUGGGGAACUUUUCAGGCCACAGGCAGCAUGCUCCACGACUCUCAUGGAAGAUCCUGAACAAAUGGCUGGUACCCUUUCAGAAGAAAACAUUCAACCCAUGGCAAAUCCAACAAAUUCUGAACAGGGUAUGCAUUCUAGCAAUUCCUCUGAAUGGACCGAUUCUAGUCAAAUGCAAUGAGUAGAAUAGCCAGAGGAACUCAUCUUGUAUGUGGCAAAAAAGUAAAAUGUCAAAAAAUUGUAUUUCUUGCAGUACAUUUGUUAAUUAAGAAAGUGUAUUUCC